AGGUAACUGUGAUUGAUAGUUCUAUAAAUAUUUUAGCGCUAAUUAAAGACGCUCUAGUUAAUUAGAUUCUGAUCACCAACACGUACACAGGUGUUAAAAAUGGAAGACGAAGAAUUGGAGAAACUCAAGGAUCUUGAAAUAUCAAAAGAUCAGUUGAAAUUACUGAAACAAAUUUUUGAUUCUUUCGAUAUGGAAAAGAAGGGGGAAAUCGGUGUUGACAUGAUUGGGCAAAUUUUGGAUAUGUUGGGACAUCAAUUAUCAGCCGAAGAACUACAGGGUAUUAUUUCCGAAAUUGAUGCUGAUGGUAACGGAGUCAUGAACUUUGAGGAAUUUGCACACUUGGCUGCACGAUUUGUUGUGGAAGAAGAGGAAGACACCGAAGCUAUUUUACGAGAACUAAAAGACGCUUUUAGACUCUACGACAAAAGUGGGCUUGGCUACAUUUCAGUCGAUUUAUUACGAGAAAUUUUGAAAGAACUAGACGAAAAGUUAACUCCGGCGGAUUUGGAACAAAUGAUUGAAGAGAUUGAUACUGAUGGUUCUGGAACAGUCGAUUGGGAAGAAUUCAAGGCGAUGAUGAUCGGCUAGUUUUGUUCCCAAAUUAACACCAUUAUUAGGAAACAGUGAUAUAAUUUCGAACACAAUUUAAUUUCGUCCUGUCAUUGUGCCAAAAUUUCUAUUAUAAGGAUUACACUAUUAUCUCGCCAAAGGACAAAUUGUAUUGUUACAUUGUUAAUCACUUAGGUACUAGAAUAAGUAAAUAUUUAUAUUUAUAAAAACAAAUCAAUAAAAAUUAAUCAAUA